AUGAUGUCCGGCCCUGGUGCACCGAUGGGUCCCGGAGGGCAUCUUGGUGGCUCUUUGGAUUCGCAGCCUGAUCAACAACAAGUCUACAAUCAGAAAUUGCGAAUGCUAAAACCAUAUUGCGAAAAUCUCAAGUUACGUGCACAGCAAUGUCGGAUGGAAGGGAAUACAGAGGCGGCGCAAAAGCUCGAAACAAUGCUUGGAGUUCUAGAGGGUAGACGUGUGGCAGCAACAACACAUCCACAUCCGUCUGUUGUACAAAAUGGCCAUAUGGGUAUGGCUGGGCAAGGAAUGGUUGAUGGCAUCAAUGCUGUGCUGAACACAUCUUCCGAGCACCAUCCCAAUUCCGUGUAUGGCACUCAUGGAGCGUAUGUUCCUCAAGCUUUGCACCAAGGAACCUACUCUCAUAUGCAUCCGCAGCAAAUGUGGCCACCACAACACAUGCAACAGCAGGGAAUGAUGGUUGGCCCUCCGAUCAACCAGUCUGGAGGAGGCGGGCCAAUGCAGACGUACAGAGAGUCUCCGGUUGAACAUCACCGACCGUAUCCCUCCAUGCGACCGCAAUUACGUCCACCUCCUGUCGUCCAGUCGAUGCAGUCUCAGUCGUCGGUUGACCCACCGAGGAUGGGAGCGUCGAAUAUAGCGAUCAUUGGGAGGAAUACAAUACCGCUUUCAUCAGGUCCUGCGACUUCAACAACUACAACCCAUGUCGUGAGCUCAGUCGGAGGGAAUAGUAGUACCGGUAGUUCUGGAUCUGCUGAACAGCCGGGUAUUGACGAUUUAUAUAAUAUGGAUGAUUUUUUGCCCACGCCAUUGGAAGCAGUUGGCAGUAUGCAGGGAUCCGGGAACAGACCAUCACUGCCUGAAGCCGCUCGUCGUGAAUUGUCACAGUUAUCAGACAGGUUUGAAUUCGACAGCAACGCCGAAUCGCGUCAUGAUCCCCAUUCUGCUCUUGUGAACUGCAAAAUGAGAGGCCAACAGGUGCCAGCUUUACGUUUGGUGAUACCGUUAUCAUAUCCAGCUGCGUCUGUUACUGUCGAUCGUGCUGCAAUAGAUUUGGACGCAUUUUUCUACGACGAUUUGCAAAACGUUGUGCAUGAGCGACUUGCGCGUCCUGGUUUGCAUUCAAUCACCGAGUUCCUCAACACUUGGGUAAGCGCUGGGUUAUUUUAUAAUACUGUGCAAUAUUAUUGA